AUGAAGCUUCAUUGCCACGCAACUUUCUGGCAGUCAGCAGAGUCUCGUGGUGCGGUGGUGGUGGCUGCUGCUCCUCACAACAUGCUGUCGCGCACACGAGGAGAGCGGACCGGGCGUGGCCUGUGUUUUUCAGGAGCGUCACAGGCAGCGACGCGGAGGGGGUCGCGACGAGAGCAACGACAGCAGCUGGAGGAACGGAAAGAGGAGGAGCGUAAGCAGCAGCGGCAAUGGACGGACAGCCUGGAGCACGGACAGCAGCAGGGUGGUGCUGCUCGGGGCUCAAGGCGUGGCGCAGGAGUGGCAGUGCAGCGGGCGGAGCGAGGUAUGUGGAGGGGAAUGGCAUGGAUUGGACGCGGAGUGGACGCGGGGUGGACGCGGAGUGGACGCGGAGUGGACGCGGAGUGGACGCGGGGUGGACGCGGAGUGGACGCGGAGUGGACGCGGAGUGGACGGGGCACAAGAAACAGCCUGGAGCAGAAGGCGUGGCGUAGGAGUGGCAGAGCGGCGAAAGGAACAUGCGAGUGGAUAGGAAUGCACGGGACUUGCAUUGCUGGCGCGGAUGAGGGGCGACCAGGAGCAGCACGCCUCAACUGCCUUCUGCCCUUUCUUCUGCCAUGUCGGUGCUCUUUCACAUCCUCACCCUCUCAUCCUCUCGCUUCUCCUCUUGCUCGUGCCUCUCUUCCCUUCCUCCCUCUCCUUGACAUCCUCCCUCCCCUCCCCUCCAGCACUCAAGGCGGCGUGGCAGUGGCAACAGCCACUCAGGGCAACUGCAGGAUUAUGGCAAGAACACAAGCUAAGAGCAGCAAUUUCUAUUCAGAGCCAGUACUAUGGGCUGCUGCGGAGGCAGCAGCAGCAGUGGUGCCAGCAGCGGUGGUUCCUGCAGCAGCAGUGGAGGGGUGA